UCUUCUCAAUGUUACUCUAUCAAGUAUUUUUUUUUGUAAAAAAUAAGGUUUAAGAAGAAGAGCUUAUCAAAAGAGUGCAAAAACGAAAUUAUAAAUAAAAGAGCUGACAAAGUAAUCGCCAAUCAAACCAUGAAAAUUUAAACUUCCGCAUUAAGGAUACGAAAUAAAUAAAUCGAACAGCUUCCCAUGUUAUAAAUUAAAAGCUUAUAAAAAAAAAUUCCUGUACAUCUCUGCUGUAUUUUUUUUAUUGUGAAAGUGAGAAACACAACAACAACAGCAGCAAGUGAGUGGCUGACAACUUUUGUCUUCAAUGCAGCAGUAAAUAAAUAAAUAACUCGACGAUAGAAAAAAAAUAAAUUAUCGAAAAAGUGUGUUUAAGAAACAAUCACUAACACAGAAAGAAACCCUUAUAAUAAAUUACGAAAAAAUUAUCGUAAAGGGAAAAAAAGUCACAUGACACUGUGUUAAAAAUAAUGAUGUUGUGAAUUGAAAUCAAAUGAAAUUGAGAUAAUUUUAUUGUUUCCAGAACAAAAAUUUUGUAUCUGAACAGAGAUUGUGUCAAUGAAUUUUAUCUAUUUUUAAUUGGAAAUCCAAAUUAGUCAAAAAGCCGGGAGUAAAAAAGAGAAAAAAAAGUCAAAGAAACAAGUGAAUAAAAAAGUCAUUGGACUUUAUGGAGUAUGAAAUUGAUUUUUGAAAGAUGAUUCGUUGUUGACAAAAGAAAACAAGCAAAAAAAACGUUCGUAUUUUAAAACAAAAUAAAAAUCUAAUGGCCCGAUGGCACCAAUGCUGGGCCGAACGCAGGCAAUUAAAGCUGCGUUUGUUGUAGGCUUCCUACUGCUCUUGCUGAAUCUUUUGGGACCACGCUUGGAUGCCAACAAGCCAUUCACCGCUCAUUUAAGCAAUUUUCCCAAACGAACGUUCCCGACAAACGACGCGAUGGCAAUUCAUGCGACAAAUGCAAGCGUCGCGCCAUCAGCGGUGAGUAAUAAUGCGACAAUUGACACAAAUUCGAAUAAUAAAAGUGAGGAGGAACGGAAAAACGGAGUAUCGUUUAUUGCGGAAACAGAAGUAACGUCACAGGAUGAGGAAAGUCAACGUUUGAUGUCGUAUGAAGUCACAAGCAACGAAGAGACUCCAAAGAAAAAGCUUUAUGCGAAUUCUACGGUAAUUGUGUUGACAAAUCCAGAAAGUGGUGAAGAAAUUACGACGACAACGACGACGACAGUUAAGCCUCAAGUUGUAACGACGAAAGCUGUUGUGACGAAACCGAAGUCAAGAAAGGAGUUUAUUGAGGCUUUGAUGCAACAACUUGGAAUUAAUCCUUGUCCAAUGGUGCCUGAUGAUUUAGAGGGUCCCAUCCAAGUCGACACAAUGUACGAAACUCUCGAAGCUGUCGAGGAGCAUUUGCGUGGAAAAGUUCUGUCCGGCGGGCGAUAUCACCCGAAAAAAUGCAAUUCCAAACAUCGUGUUGCCAUAAUCGUUCCAUAUCGUGAUCGCGAACAUCACUUACCGAUCUUUCUAAAGAACAUCCAUCCGUUCCUCAUGAAGCAGCAAAUCGACUACGGAAUCUUCAUUGUCGAACAAACGUCAAACGGGCAAUUUAAUCGCGCAAAACUCAUGAACAUUGGAUUUGUCGAAGCCGUAAAACUUUACAAUUGGGACUGUUUUGUCUUCCAUGACGUCGAUUUGUUGCCGAUGGACGAUCGAAAUUUGUAUACGUGCCCCGAACAACCGAGACACAUGUCUGUGGCGGUAGAUACGCUGGGCUUCAAAUUGCCAUACAGCACGAUAUUUGGCGGCGUGAGUGCCAUGACUGUCGAGCAGUUUUUGAAUGUGAACGGAUUCAGUAAUUCGUUUUGGGGAUGGGGCGGCGAAGAUGACGACAUGUCGAAUCGUCUCAAGCAUCGCGGGUAUCACAUUUCGAGGUAUCCAGUGAAUAUUGCACGGUAUACGAUGUUGACACAUAAGAAGGAGAAAGCGAAUCCGAGGAGAUACGAAAAACUCCAAAAUGGCGUCAAACAUUUUGACAAUGAUGGACUGAACUCGCUCAAAUACAAAGUGAUCGAAAUCAAAAAGACCCCGCUCUUCAUCCGCAUCAAAGUUGAUAUCAACCAAGAUCAGACGGCCAGCUGAUGACUAUUCUCCCUUCCCAAAUGGUUGGGAUAGGGAUAAAAACACGCAAAAAAUCGAAUACAAGGACUUAUUUAUUUUUAAUUUUAUCAUUAACUCAAAAAUUUUACGUUAAUAUUAAUUUUCGUAAAAAGAAUAAAUUACGAGUUACCGAAAAAAGACAAAGACUAACCGCAUUAACCAUCCAAAAUUGCAUUAAUUUCCAUUUUGAUAAAAAUAAAAUGAAGCAACAGCUGCUUGAAUUCCUACUUAGAAAUUAAUGCCAUUAAAUAGAGACAGAAAACAAUAAUAAAUGCUAAAACAUUACAAUAAUUAAGAGAAAAUGUAAGAAAAAAUGUUCUACGCACAAAACUAAAAGCAUGAAAGCCAUCAUAAUAUUAUUAAUUAUAUUAACUUAUUACUCUAUGAAACUAUGUCUUAA